AUGGCCGCGCGCCCCGGGCCGCUGUGGCUGCUGGGGCUGGCGCUGUGCGCGCUGAGCGGCGGCGGCGGCGGCCCCGGCCCGCGCCCCCCGCCCGGCGGCCCGCCCCGCCGCCUGGGCCCGCGCGAGCGCCGCGACCUGCAGCGCGAGAUCCUGGCGGUGCUCGGGCUGCCCGGCCGCCCCCGGCCCCGCGCGCCGCCCGCCGCCGCCCGGCUGCCCGCGUCCGCGCCGCUCUUCAUGCUGGACCUCUACCACGCCAUGGCCGGCGACGACGACGAGGACGGCGGCCCCCGCGAGCGGCGCCUGGGCCGCGCCGACCUGGUCAUGAGCUUCGUCAACGUGGUGGAGCUCGACCGCUCCCGGGGCCACCCGGAGCCCCACUGGAAGGAGUUCCGCUUCGACCUGACCCAGAUCCCGGCGGGGGAGGCGCUCUCGGCGGCCGAGUUCCGGAUCUACAAGCUGCCCAGCGCCCACCUGCUCAACAGGACCCUGCACAUCAGCCUGUUCGAGGUGGCCAGAGAGCGGGCCAACAGGGAGUCUGACUUGUUCUUUUUGGAUCUUCAGACGCUCCGAGCUGAGGACGAGGGCUGGCUGGUGCUGGACGUGACAGCAGCCAGUGACCACUGGUUGCUGAACCGCAGCAAGGACCUGGGACUGCGCCUCUACCUGGAGACAGAGGACGGGCGCAGCGUGGAUCCGGGCCUGGCCGGGCUGCUGGGGCGACGGGCCCCGCGCUCCAAACAGCCGUUCGUGGUCACGUUCUUCAGGGCGAGCCCCGGCCACGGCCCCAUCCGGGCGCCCCGGGCGGCGCGGCCCCUGAGGCGGCGGCUGCUGAAGAAGACCAACGAGCUGCCGCAGCCCCACCGGCUCCCGGGCAUCUUCGAUGGCGCCCACCGCUCCCACGGGCGGCAGGUGUGCCGGCGGCACGAGCUCUACGUCAGCUUCCAGGACCUCGGCUGGCUGGACUGGGUCAUCGCCCCCCAAGGCUACUCGGCCUAUUACUGUGAGGGGGAGUGCUCCUUCCCGCUGGACUCCUGCAUGAACGCCACCAACCACGCCAUCGUGCAGUCCCUGGUGCACCUGAUGAAGCCGGACGCCGUGCCCAAGGCGUGCUGCGCGCCCACCAAGCUGAGCGCCACCUCCGUGCUCUACUACGACAGCAGCAACAACGUCAUCCUGCGCAAACACCGCAACAUGGUGGUCAAGGCCUGCGGCUGCCACUGA